ACCAUUCAUCUUCUUCUUCUACGCUGUGAAGCUACCCCAGUUCUCUUUCUCUCUCUGCUUUAGAAGGUGAAGAUGGUGUAUAUUACCUCCUGGGACGAGUUCGUGGAGAGAUCAGUGCAGUUGUAUCGAGCAACCCCUGAAUCGACGCGUUAUGUCAUGAAGUACAGACAUUGUGAUGGAAAAUUGGUUCUCAAAGUUACUGAUGAUCAUGAGUGUCUCAAGUUUAAGACAGACCAAGCUCAAGAUGCGAAGAAGAUGGAGAAACUGAAUAACAUCUUUUUCACUUUGAUGGCUCGUGGCCCUGAUGCCGAUAUUUCGGAUGUUACUGGAAAGGAGCCCACAGAAACACAGCCUGCUAAAAAGGGAAGGGGAAGAAAACAAUAAAAAAAAUUAGGACUUGUGUUUUUACCGUUGGAGACUAGGUUACAAUUUUGUUUGUAAAAGAUUUUCUUUGAGUGGAUUAAUAUUUAUUUUCUUUGGAAUAUUAUGAGGCUGACUUAUGCUUCAAUUUUAUAAUGGGGAACUGUUUCUAUUUUAUUUUUUUUUAGCAUUAAUAAAAUUUGCAUAAAUUUCU